AUGGGAGCCAUGGCUCACCCCUUACUCCUCUGCCUCCUGCUCGCUCAUCUGGGACUGGGAACUGUUGGCGCCAGCCGCGACCCUCCGGGACGGCCGGAUUCCCCUCGAGAGAAGACCCUGAGGGGGAAGCAGCACACGCAGCAGCUGGCUCGAGCCUCUGCCUCGGACCCCUCGGCUCCCUGGAGCCGCUCCACCGACGGCACCAUCUUGGCGCAGAAACUCGCCGAGGAGGUGCCCAUGGACGUGGCCUCUUACCUCUACACCGGGGACUCCCACCAGCUGAAGCGAGCCAACUGCUCCGGCCGCUACGAGUUGGCAGGCCUGCCGGGGAAGUCGCCAGCCCUAGCUAGUUCCCAUCCUUCCUUGCACGGGGCGCUGGACACGCUGACACACGCCACCAACUUCCUCAACAUGAUGCUGCAGAGCAAUAAGUCUCGGGAGCAGAACUUGCAGGAUGACCUGGAGUGGUACCAGGCGCUGGUACGGAGCCUCUUAGAGGGCGAGCCCAGCAUCUUUCGGGCGGCCAUCACCUUCACCACCGAGUCUCUGUCCGCGCCGGCCCCGCAAGUCUUCCUCCAGGCCACUCGUGAAGAGAGUCGCAUCCUGCUCCAGGACCUGUCCUCUUCCGCACACCACCUGGCCAACGCCACUCUGGAAACCGAGUGGUUCCACGGCCUCCGGCGCAAGUGGAGGCCCCACUUACACCGCCGCGGUUCCAAUCAGGGGCCCCGGGGCCUGGGCCAUAGCUGGCGGCGCAGGGACGGACUUGGCGGGGACAAGAGCCAUGUCAAGUGGUCUCCGCCUUAUCUGGAGUGCGAGAACGGGAGUUACAAGCCAGGAUGGCUGGUUACUCUUUCCGCUGCCUUCUAUGGAUUGCAGCCUAACCUGGUCCCAGAAUUCAGGGGUGUCAUGAAAGUUGAUAUAAAUCUUCAGAAAGUGGACAUUGACCAGUGUUCAAGUGAUGGCUGGUUUUCAGGAACUCACAAAUGCCACCUGAACAAUUCAGAGUGUAUGCCAAUUAAAGGCCUAGGAUUUGUACUUGGAGCCUAUCAGUGCAUUUGCAAAGCAGGAUUCUAUCAUCCUCGUAUCUUCUCAGUGAACAACUUUCAGAGAAGGGGUCCAGAUCAUCAUUUUUCAGGAAUUACAAAAGAUGUAUCAGAAGAAACCCAUGUCUGCUUACCCUGCAGAGAGGGCUGCCCCUACUGUGCUGAUGACAGCCCAUGCUUUGUCCAGGAGGAUAAGUAUUUGCGACUUGCCAUCAUCUCCUUCCAAGCCCUGUGUAUGCUGCUUGACUUCAUCAGCAUGAUGGUGGUCUACCACUUUCGAAAAGCAAAGGUUGUUAUUUUGUAUUUUAAGCCAAGUACAUUUCGCUGUAUUCUCCUAAGAUGGGUCCGUCUUCUUGGUUUUGCCACUGUUUAUGGAACAGUCACUCUCAAGCUUCACAGGGUUUUGAAGGUGUUUCUUUCACGAACUGCACAACGAAUUCCAUACAUGACUGGUGGCCGGGUCAUGAAGAUGCUGGCAGUAAUACUCUUGGUAGUAUUCUGGUUUCUCAUUGGCUGGACUUCAUCAGUAUGCCAGAAUUUGGAGAGGCAGAUUUCACUUAUUGGCCAGGGGCAAACAUCUGAUCACCUCAUCUUCAAUAUGUGCCUCAUUGACCGCUGGGAUUACAUGACAGCAGUUGCUGAAUUUUUAUUCCUCUUGUGGGGUGUUUAUCUCUGCUAUGCAGUGCGGACAGUCCCAUCAGCAUUUCAUGAGCCACGCUAUAUGGCUGUUGCCGUUCACAAUGAGCUCAUUAUCUCUGCUAUAUUCCAUACAAUUAGAUUUGUUCUUGCCUCAAGACUUCAGUCUGAUUGGAUGUUGAUGCUAUAUUUUGCACAUACUCAUUUGACUGUGACAGUCACCAUCGGGUUGCUUUUGAUUCCAAAGUUUUCACAUUCAAGCAAUAAUCCACGCGAUGAUAUUGCUACAGAAGCAUAUGAAGAUGAGCUAGACAUGGGCCGAUCUGGAUCCUACCUGAACAGCAGUAUCAAUUCAGCCUGGAGUGAGCACAGCUUGGAUCCAGAGGACAUUCGGGAUGAGCUAAAGAAACUGUAUGCCCAGUUAGAAAUAUAUAAAAGGAAGAAGAUGAUUACAAAUAAUCCCCACCUCCAGAAAAAGCGGUGCUCGAAGAAGGGCUUAGGCCGUUCCAUCAUGAGGCGCAUCACUGAGAUUCCAGAGACUGUCAGCAGACAGUGUUCCAAAGAAGACAAGGACAUGGCAGACCACAGCAUGGCCAAAAGUACAGCCCUCGUCAGGAAGAACCCACCAGAGCCUUCAGGUAAUACAGGGAAACCCAAGGAGGAGUCCCUGAAAAACAGAGUCUUCUCAAUCAAGAAAUCCCACAGCACUUAUGACCAUGUCAGAGACCAACCGGAAGAGUCCAAUAGCCUACCAACAGAAAACCAAGAAGAGGAGGCUACAGAAAAUUCCACACUGGAAUCUCUCUCAAGUAAAAAACUAACACAAAAACUGAAAGAAGACAGUGAGGCUGAGUCUACAGAGUCAGUGCCUUUGGUGUGUAAGUCAGCAAGUGCUCACAACCUCAGCUCAGAGAAGAAGCCUGGGCACCCACGAACAUCUAUGUUACAAAAGUCUCUUAGUGUCAUAGCAAGUGCCAAGGAGAAGACUCUUGGAUUAGCUGGGAAAACCCAAACAUCAAGUGUAGAAGAACGUACUAAAUCUCAGAAACCUCUGCCAAAAGAUAAAGAGACAAACAGGAAGUGCUCAAAUUCAGAUAACAUGGAGACUAAAGAUCCUGUCCCCCCAAACUCCAAUCAUCUGGAGGAACCGAGAAAGCCUCAGAAAUCUGGGAUUAUGAAACAACAAAGGGUUAAUCCCACUACUGCCAGUUCUGACCUGAGCCCAGGCACCACCCAGAUGAAGGGCAACUUUGACAUUGGGGAAGUGUGCCCAUGGGAGAUUUAUGACCUGACCUCUGGUCCUGUGCCUUCAGAAACAAAAGCUCAAAAACACGUGUCUAUCGCGGCUUCUGAAAUGGAAAAAAAUCCAACAUUUUCCUUGAAGGAGAAAGCCCACCACAAGCCUAAGGCAGCUGAAGGCUGUCAGCAAUCCAGUCAGAAGAGCAUAGAUAAGGCCGAGGUGUGCCCUUGGGAAAUCCAAGAUCAGUCUUUUUUUGAAGAUGAAAAACAUUUGAUUUCCAAGACUACAGUUCUCCCAGGGAGAGCCAAAGAUGAGAAUGGAGGUCAGCACCGUGCAGCCACUGUGCGUGCUGGGCAAUACGAGGAACUGCCCCCCAAAGUCAUGGCUUCAAAAAUAGAGAAUGAAAAUCUCAACCAAAUGCGAGACCAGGAAAAGAAAUCUUUCUCUGUGGAAAAUGCACCUGGUUCCUGUAACUCAAGUAAAAACUCCCAACAACCGUUAACAUCACGAGCUGAGGUGUGUCCUUGGGAGUUUGAGGCCCCCAGUCAACUAAAUACUGAAAGAAGUGUAACUUUACCAGCCUCUUCUGCUUUGAGUGCAAAUAAGAUAGCUGGGCCUCGAAAAUAA